AUGGAUGAGAUCUUAUCAAGAGCCAGUAAUCAGGCUAUGACAUUUGCCAUUCGGUCUGGGAUUACAUUGGCGUCAGGGUACGCUGUCAAAACUCUCUCGAAGUUCAUGGAAAGGAUUCCUGACACUGCAAACCAUGCUGUUGUCAGAUCGAGAGCAAAGUUGGAACUCAAGAUCAACAGCGUUGUACCUCUUCUCUCGUUGAUCAAGCUAAGAUGUGCCUCAGGAAAUUCAGUUUUGGAAACUACUAAGAAUUUGAUCGAAGAUCUAGAGAAACAAAUUGAGGAAUUCACAGAUCAGAUGAAUUCAGCGAUGAAUACGAUGAGUUCGAAAACCACGGCUGAGUCUAUCGCAAUCAUAGAAAACGAGAUAAAAAAGCUUGAUGCUGCACUUACUGAAACCGUUCCUUUUAUUACAUUAGCACACGCCUCUGUCGGUUUUAAUAGUGGACACUCAAUUCUCAAAAGUGUCUCAGUAAGUAGCGUGCUUAGAGCUUCGAAUUUCUUGUCGUCCGCAAGACAAAUUCUGCCAUUUCGUGAAAACAUACUGCUUAUUGGGCCAGAGUUUGACUUCAGAUACUACUCUGUCUUCUAUAACUCAAGCCGCUCUAAGUAUGUCGAAGGGAUUUCAAGCCUGAUCAAUGCUUUAACAUGGAAGGAGGAAUUUGCAAGAUGUCGUGUUCAACUAGUUCGGAGGCAAGAAAAUAGCGACCACUUCGAGUACUAUCUCAACGUAGUGGAGAAUUUUGACGACGGUUUGUACCAUGAAGAUUGCGAACCAAGACACACUAAGCUAUUUAUGAAAGACGUGAUGCGACAGUACAUGACAGCUAGUGGAAAAUUACUACGUCUUGAUUCGACUAGCUCUGCUGUGAUUGUCCUUAAAGUACGAAAUGGGGAUAAUUGGGACUAUGUCGCUUUUUCUCCCUACGAAGUCUCUGAUGAAGAAGAUGAUGAAGAUGAUGAAGAUGAUGAAGAUGAUGAAGAUGAUGAAGAUGAUGAGGAUGGAGAUCAAGGUGAUCGAUAUAGAGAAUGCAAAGAAGAGAAUAGCACGGUUGGUAAAUUUAAAAAUGAAGAUAUAAAUGAUGAAAUUGACGAAGAAAGUGGAGAUAAAAAUGACCAUGACAAGAUCGCAGAUAAUGUGGGUAAAAAGGUAUUUUCGAAAAAGAUAUGCAAUAAUCCAGUCGCUAGAGCUAAACUUGAGGGCCAAAAGAAUAAAACAAGCGACCUGAAUGUUCAUCGCAAGUUUAUGUCAAUAGACUUGGGUACCUUCCAGUAUCUUCUAAAAAUGUCUGCUAUCGAGGAAUCACAACAACGAAACAUUCUCGAUAUUGAGGAUGAAGUGUUGAUUCAGCUUCUUGAUCAUGAAACAAGCGAACUCAACUCUAUGCCAAAUUCUCGUAAUGACAAAUCUUACAAAAGAGCGGAAAAUCAGCACAAACUUGAUAAAGAAUCAAAUACGGCUCGUAUGAACAACUUAAGUCUCGAAUAA